GUCGAGAUUCAGAUCGCCCUCUACUCCAUCAUAUUCCUGCUGGCCCUCGUCGGCAACCUCCUCAUCAUCAUCACGCUCAUCCAGAACAAGCGCAUGCGCACCGUGACCAACGUGUUCCUGCUCAACCUGGCCAUCAGCGACCUGCUGCUGGCCCUCGUCUGUAUGCCUUUCACCCUUGUGCCUGUGCUGCUCAGGAAUUUCAUAUUCGGAAGUUUUAUGUGCGUCUUCAUCCGAUAUCUUCAAGGUAAGUCG